UAGUCGAUUCAGUCAUCCUUAAGACGUUCUCGUGACGACUAUAUAUUGACUUAUAUUUCAUUUUUCUUUUGGUUUCUUUCAAAACAAUUCCUUCGAAAAAAAACUUGAAAAAUUUCAAGUUUUUAAACAAAAAAAAAUUAUUUUUUUUGGCGAGAGAUGAAGUCUCUCUAUUUUUUUGUUUUUUUGGUUGCCGCCUCAUUUAUUGUCGAUGUCGAUGCCGGAUGGAAAUUUUGGAAAAAGGACAAAGAUAAGGAUAAAGAUUCAACAACCGAAACUCCCCUAAUAACAAGUUCCGCGUCACCAGUGACUCCAAUAUCAACGUCCAAGGUCUCAUCAACUCCAGUAGCAAAUCUAGGAGCGACAACAAAAGUUCCUGUAAAUAUAAAUGCUGGUUUAGCUGGAGCCGCUAAUCCAGGAUUGUCAAUUGGUGCCGGAAACACUGCAGGUAACAUUCGCGACAAUGCCAGACCCCAAAAACCAAAUCCUGGAACUGAAGUUGGUCUGGAUAUUCCAAGACAGAAGCCCGCAAAUUCUGGAUACAGAGAUUGGGCAAUUGAUUUGACUGGUGCCGGAGAAGGACGACAACCACCUCGAGUUCCAAGUACGGGACCCGCAAUUUCAUCAGGACAGCUUCCACCUGGAGUUCAAAUACCAAGACCUGGUGUGCCAACUUCGAAACCUGAAAUUACAACCUCAAGACCUACAACUCCGGUUGCUGUUCAAACUCCAAGACCAAUUAAUUCGGUGCAAACUCCAAGACCUGAUCCACAAAGACUUCCUCCAGGUCCUGGAUCAUUGGGUUAUCCUACCCAGACAUCAAGACCGGGAAUUCCAGCUUCAACAGGCGGAUCCAAAGACUUUCCAAGUCUUCCACUAGCUACUGGUGGACAAGGAAAUGCCGGUGGAUUGUCAAGUGGAAACCAAUCACCAACAGGUGGUAAAACAUUUGCUCAAGUCGCUUCUUCAGGAAGUACCACGACUUCUAGACCGAAUUUUGGAGUUCCAGUUUAUGGAGGAGCAAAACCAGGAAACAUUCCACCAACUUCUCAACCAGGUAGAACUGGAAUUGCAACCGGAGGAGCAGCAGCAGCUGGUGUUGCCGCUGCUGGUGCUGCUGCAGCAGCAUCAAAAUUCUCAAGUAAUCCAACAUUCAGUAAGGGAAAUAUUGUUACCGAUGAUGAUUUAGAAAAAUUAACGGAAGCACUUUUCAUCAAGGACGCUAACAAUGCCAUGAAGUACAUUACCCUGAAUCUACAGAAGCAAACCACUGGAAACAGUCCUGUCGAUGAAGCACCUCAACCACUCUUGAGUGUAAAACCAGAAGCCCUGCAAAUACCAACAAUUCAGAAAGUUCUCACAAUUUAUGAUAAUUAUCAAUUGGACACAAGGACCCAUGAAUAUAUAAAUCCCGCACAACGUCGAGAGGAAAGUCUCUUGAUAGACACAUUUUUAAGUACAAAUGUCAUGUCAUUUGCCAUGCGAUUUUUGUCAGAUAAAGGUUUCAUUGAAAAGGAUUACUAUAAAUAUAAGGAUAAAUUAAGAACAAUGUGGUUCAAUCUCUAUUCACGAGGCAAUGGAAAAACUGGUAGCACUGGUUUUGAGCAUGUUUUUAUGACUGAAUUAAAACUUGGAACAGAAGUUUCUGGUCUUCACAAUUGGAUUUACUUUAAUGCUGAGGAAUUAAAGAAGAGGGCCGAUUAUCUUGGAUACAUGAAAAAAGUCGAUCUUGGAGAUAAGGCGGCAAUUUUGAAAGUACACUCAAAAUUCAACGGAUUUGAUAAACCAGUAACGACAAUGUUUAUUGGUACAUCACCUGAAUUGGAAAUGUCUCUCUAUACCGUUUGUUUCAUUGUACGACCAGAUCAACCGUGUCCUGUUUCCCUUGGUGGUACAAAAUUCAACAUUGUCACACACAAUUUCCGUUAUAGCGGAAAAGAUCACGUGGGAUCAGCAUAUCCUGAUAUUUAAAAGUUCUGUCAUUUUUUUUUUUUUUACUGCUUUGAAAAUUUUUCUAUUUGUUAGAAAAAGGGAUUUUUUUCGGAAAAUUAUAAAUUAAAUUAAUUUCACAAAUAAUUUUAUUUAUUUAUUCGAAAGUUGUUUUUUUUUUAGAGCUAUUUAUUGCUUUUUCAAGAUCAUGGAAUCAUUACUUUGUACAUUUCUAAAUGCUGUGAGAAAUAAAUAAAAAUGAACUGUUGGAAUAAA